CAGGAACGUGGGUGCAGCAGCAGGCAGGUAUGGCGACAACCAGGAUGCAGACCAGGAACGGACACAGGAGCGUAGGUGCGGCAGCAGGCAGGUAUGGUAGUGACCGGGGUGCAGGAGCGUAGGUGCAGCAACAGGUAAGUAUGGCAGCAACCAGGAUACAGGCCAGGUGCAGAUACAGGUAUGUAUGUGCAGCAGUGUCAGACAAGCUGGGUCAGGAUCAAUCGGGCGGAUCAGGUACAAGGGAGCAGGCAAACGGAUAGUCAGGGAUAUGCCGGGUUGGUGUAGGCGGAGUUCUUUCUUAGUCAGGGUCAGAUCAGAUACAGGCAACAGAAUCAGGUUAUGGAGUGCAGAACGU